AUGGAAGCCAAGAUGCAGUACGGCGGCGACGACUUCAGCCCGCCAAAAUCCCAACCGCCCGGUACCGUCUACACUAUCCAGCAGGUAUCCUCGCCGACGACUACCUUCCAAGGAUACGAUGGCUCCGAGAGCAUCGCCAAGUCCGAGGCCAUCCGGCCCAUGAACCGCCAGCGACUCGCCCUCUUCCUCACUGACAUCGUCUCUGUCAUUCUCUGCCUAGCUCCCCUGAUUUUCGUAUGCGUCGUCGCGGCCCUGGAUCGAACGGAUCUCGACGACCGCUAUGACGGCUUCCAGACCGCCCUCACCACUCUCGGCCCCCUGUUCCCAAUGGUAUUCGCCUUCAUCACGAGCCGGUUACUUUUCCAGAUCGCUCGCCAGAGACUCGAGAGGGGAUCGACGCUAGAGACUUUGGAGCAGCUCAUGGGUAGCCGGACCCUGGGAUCGACUCUGGAAACCCACGCAGAGCUCCAGAUCGUCAACCUCGCGGCCGUGGGUCUCUUCAUCAUGUGGGCCUUCUCUCCUCUCGGUGGCCAGGCUCUUCUGCGGGUUCUCUAUAAGACAACGACACCCAUGGAGACGAAGAUGAGGUACUGGGAUACCACCGAGGCGAGCUCGCUUAGUAGCUAUUCGCUCUUCACCAAAUCCACUUACUAUACGAGCCUUUACGCGCACGAUGAUAUUCGCCUGGGGCCUGACGAUCCCUGGGGUAAUGUCAAGAUCCCGUUUCUGGACACCGAUGCGACGCCCGAUGACCAAGGCUGGGAGGACUGGCUGCUGAUUCGGCCGUCAAUCGGGAUCCCCACCGGAAAUACGACCGUCGGCAACAGCACCUUUAACAUCGAAUCCACGUAUAUCGACCUAGUCUGCGAGGCGUUCAAGAAGGAGGCGAUCACAAGCGGCACUACACAGAAUAUUAGUCGGAGUGAGGUGCCUCUGACGACCUUGACUGCCGGGUCCAAAUCAUUGGCAAAUGGAACAUGGUACGGGUCACAGCACAACACAUCGGCAACCGAUUCAUUUUGGAACUUGGCCCUGAACAGAUUCGUGGGCUCGUCCUGGCAAGGCACGACGACCAACGUCUACACCAUGAACGCCCUCUCUCGCUUCAUAAACGAAACCGAUAUCGAAGCAGGCCCAACACGGCUCCUCUUCCAGGCAAGAAGAAACCAGACCGGAUCCCAGACGCUCAAAGGCGAAUCCCACCAAUCCGAGUGUCAAGUCCUCCAGAAGUACGUCGAGUCGCAGAUCGAGUGUUCAAGGGCCACUCUCAGCAGAAGGCCAUCUUGUCAGGUGGUGCGACAGCGACCAUCCAAGCGCAAUCUCAUGCCUGAGAACCUAUCGGUUCUCUCCACCCCGAAUAUCUUCACCAGGGUAACAAGUGACCUCCCAUCGCUGCUCAUCGAGUCCUACGAUCAAAUCCUACCGUACCUAUACAACCAGUCAGUCUCAGCCAAGGACAGCCUAGUCACGCCAACCCCUGAUUUCACAAUGGCGAACCUCAACAACUUCAGCAAGGCUCUCAGCCAAGUGCUCAACUCGUACCUACUGGUUGUCCAAGCAAACCUCGACAUAUACAAGGACCUGAAUGUCGCCGCGUGGGAGCUGGAGGACAAGGACCCCAACACCAAGAUGAGGCUCACCAUCUGGAAGCCCUCGCCGGGCGAGACGACCGCCGUCCGAUACGUGUACCGGAUCAACUGGGGUUGGAUGUCCGCCUGCAUAAUCGCCUGCGUCAUCCUGGCCCUCAACGGCGUGGCCGGCAUCUACUUUGCGCACUCGGCCGUCGGGCCCGAGGUGCUGGGCCUGGUCUCGUCGUCGCUCAGGGACUCGAGGUUCCUCGACAUCCCGAGGGAGAUCCGCCACCUCGACGGGUACCACUUCUCGCAGCUGAUGAAGCUGAAGCGGUUCAGGUACGGGCACACGUCACAGAGCACACCUGACAGGCCGGUGCUGGGGAUCGCCCUGCAGGAGGACGUGGGGAAGCUUCACUGA